CGAUUACUUAGCACAGAGUGAGAGAAGUUUAGUCUGAGUUAUGGAACUGCAAAGAUGGUGGUGUCUUGACCAUAAACAAGGGAAAGUUAUGACGAUGACCAUGGAUGUCCGAGAGAUAAAUCAAUGACAAAUAUUGUUCUGAAGCCUGUACUCCAGACCUUGAUCGAUCUGCUUGUUAGUGAAGCUAAACUGCAGAUUGGACUCCGCAAGGAUGUAGAAAGCAUCAGAGAUGAUUUGGAAUUCAUUAUAGGCUUCGUGAAGGUUGCACGAGGAUUGAAAGAGUCGGAACCAACAUUUAAUAUUUGGUUGAACCAAGUGAGAGAUUUAGCCUGCCAGAUAGAAGACCUCCUAGAUGACUUCCUUCCUGAACUUGGGUGUCUCCGUCAUCACCGGAAUGCAUCCGUCGCUUGGUUACUAAAGCUCACUCAAGAUGGCAGGCACCUGUUGAAACGGCACAACUUCGCGACCGAGAUUAAAAAUCUUAAGAGCAAGUUAGCUGAUAUAAGAAGUAGAAGGGAGACAUUCAAUUUGGGGUCGAACUCAUCGCCUUCACUUUCCUCAACUCCUUCUCAGAGAUGGUAUCAUGUUGCUCAAGAUGAUGCACUGAGGAUCGGAUAUGAUGAAAUUGUGGGCAUCGAAGACCGCAUCGACGAUCUGUGCACAUGGUUAUACCGAGCAGAACAAAGCCUCUCCAUCCUCGCGGUGCAUGGCGGAGCCGGUUUGGGUAAGACAACUCUGGUCAGAAAAGUCUUCGAACGACUCAAGGAUGACAGUUUCACCUCCAGUGUCUGGGUCGAUGUGUCAAAAUCACAAGAAACAGACGAUCUCAUCAGAAGGCUCAUCUAUAAAUUUUGCAAGGAUGGACAAGAAAUUGUGUCUGAACUUGCUAAAAGAGGAGUACACCAGACCGAGGACUUGAAGGAUCACCUUCUAGGGUGCCUGCAAGAGAAAAGGUAUUUAAUUGUCUUUGACAAUAUAUGGCACAUAGAUCAGUGGAAAUCCAUAAGAUACGCCAUACCCAAUAACAGGAAAGGAAGUAGGAUAAUUUUAACAACACGUUUGGAACACAUUGCAAUUCAAGCAUGUGAAGCAAAUGAUAGACCUUAUUCUCAUCAGCCUUUGUCCCACGAGCAUGCAUGGACUCUUUUCUGUAGAAAGGCAUUCAAGUCCAGAAGCAGGGAUAGUUGUCCCAGUGAGUUGAAGGGUAUAGCAGAAAGUUUUGUGAGACGAUGCAGUGGAGUUCCCCUCUCAAUUGUGGCAGUCGCUGGUUCUCUUUCAACUAAGCCAAGAUCAUAUGCAGAGUGGCUAAAAGUGGACACAAGCUUUAGCUUCCACUUGCACAAUAUGAACGAGAUCUAUUUGAGAAAUGCACGCGAAGUUCUACUUCUGAGUUACCAUGAUCUGGACCCUGAGCACGAAGCCUGUUUGUUGUAUUUCAGUCUUUUCCCCAUAGAUUCGGUGGUUAAAUGCACAAAACUGCUUCGGAUAUGGAUAGCUGAUGGAAUUGUAGAAAGAGCUGGGAGAUACACACUUGAAGAAGCUGCAGAAUUCUACCUGAAAGAGCUCAUCCAAAGAAACAUAGUAGUGGUCUGUGACAGACACUUGAAUGGGAGACCUAGGACAUGUCGACUCCAUAACCUAAUGCACGAGAUCAUCAUCGCCAAGGCCAAAGAUCAGAAUUUCAGUAGGGUUUUCAAUGAGGCAGCUGGUGAAUCAGUCGAUACCUCGUCUAAGAGGAUUCGACGCCUAUUAGUCAUGGACAGCGAAGACAACAUUCCCAAGAACUGUAGGCUCACUCAUGUAAGGUCUUGUUUCUUGUUCGGGCUGCAAGUAUUCCCGAAGGAUUCGGUUUCUGAUCUUUGUUCUCGGUUUAGGCUUCUAAAAAUCUUGGACUUAGAAGAUGCCCCAAUUGAGGGGUUGUUUCCAAAAGAAAUCUUAGAUCUCUUCCACCUGAGGUUUCUAGGUAUGAAGAACACCAAGAUUACGUCACUUCCUGAGAAAUUUGGUAAGAAGCUUCGAAACCUAGUCUCUGUGAAUUUCAAGGGCACCUCCAUAUCCAGAUUACCAAAUAGCAUGCUUAAACUCCCUCACCUGCGGCAUCUGCUUGUAUACCGCCGUAGCAAAACUUUCUUUGGUGGCAAACAAGGAGUUGUAAUGCUAGAAGGAUCAAUGACAUUAAACAACCUUCAAGACCUUUCAUGUGUUGAUGCUGGGGAAGGGGUUGGUGGUAUCAUAAAGCAGUUAGAUACUCUGACCCAAUUGAGGCGGCUUGGCAUUACCAACCUAAAACCUGAAGAUGGGAGUUUACUCUGUGCCGCCAUUGCCAAGAUGCAAUACCUGCAGGCCCUUCAUGUAACCUCGUCACAUUCCCAAGAGGAAAUUCAUAUACAGAUCAUCCAUAUACCAUCAACUAGUACGAAGAUGCCACCAUCACCUCAACCUCUACGACAUCUUAGGCGUCUGCACAUGCAAGGUGUUCUGAAGGAGCUUCCAAAUUGGAUUUCAUCACUUGUGAGCUUAACCAAGUUGAAAUUGGGAUGUUCUAGGUUAAGGAUAGAUCCUUUGGAAGGCCUCAAAGGGCUAGAGCAAUUGGUUGAGCUCGUUCUUUUCCAGCAGGCAUAUGAUGGAGAAGACUUGCAUUUUCCGUUUGGUGGGUUUAAAAAUCUCAAGAAACUAGACCUUCUUGAAUUGCUUGAGAUGCGUACUGUGACUAUUGAGGAAGGAACAAUGUCUUCCAUUGAAAAGAUAAAAUUUGAGGGAUGCAACAAAUUAACUGUCCCAUCAGGCAUCCACCACCUCACUACCCUCAAAGAGAUUAGAUGCAUCCGAAUGCCAGAUAAUUUCUGUGAUCAGAUAAAGAAUAGAGAUCAGGAGCACUUUCCGGACAUCAUCACUUUUGGUUGACACAGGCAGAAUGAAUUGUACUAAA